CUUGACUUGAAAUCUCUUAUUCACAAAAGUAUUCAGACCCUUAUAUAAUUCGGCCUAGAAGCGUUUUUGGGAGCAAGUGCAGCACCAAGUCAUUAUCAAUACGUCUGUACAAGCUUUGCACUCCUGGAUUUAUGCGGUUUAUCUCAUUUUUCAUGGCAUAUCCUCUAAAGCUCGCUCAGAUUGGAUGGCGAGGGUCUUUUAGCUGCCGUCUUCAGCCCUCUCCACAGAUGUUUGAUGGGGUUUCGAUCUAGUCCUUCUCUCUGCCGUUUAACAACGUAUUUAGCACUGAUACCCGCAUACUUUAGGUCAUCUAGUUGUAUUUAAUUACCCGAUUGCAUUACGCUUCCUCUUGAUUGAUGUGUGGUUUAUCGUUGCGCCACUUAAGCGGCUAAAAAAAUAUACUUAAUUACAAAAUUGGUGGCGAUCUGGUCCCACUGUGGUUUACAAAGUGUAAUGUAAAGCCUCCACAAGGGAGCUCUUGGGUACAAGUUUUUUUCGUGUUUAUGUGCCUGGUAAAAUUCUUUAUUUUAUUAUUAUUAUUUUUCUCAGCAAUUCAUUAUAUAUAUAUUUUUUUAAACUCUGGUCUAGUGUAUUAUUGUUUAUUUAAUCAGACGUCACACGGCAACCAAGAGUUUUGUUCGUUAUCUUGCUGCCUUGGGUUCCGUUUUUCAGUAAACCCGCAGCUCCCGCGUACAGAAUUAGUCUCCGUGAUAUUCAGCAUGUUCUCCCUCUCCGCAGAUAUGAGACGGGUGGUGCGGCAGAGCAAGUUCAGGCACGUGUUCGGCCAGGCGUUGAAGAAUGACCAGUGCUACGACGACAUCAGGGUGUCCCGGGUGACGUGGGACAGCUCCUUCUGCGCCGUCAACCCCAGAUUCGUGGCCAUCAUCGUGGAGGCCAGCGGCGGCGGAGCCUUCAUGGUCCUGCCCCUCAGCAAGUCGGGUCGUAUCGAUAAGUCCUACCCCACGGUAUGUGGACACACAGGACCGGUGCUGGACAUCGACUGGUGUCCCCACAACGAUCAGGUGAUCGCCAGCGGUUCAGAGGACUGCACGGUCAUGGUGUGGCAGAUCCCUGAGAACGGUCUGGUGACCGCCAUGUCAGAACCCGUGGUCGCGCUGGAGGGUCACUCCAAACGCGUGGGCAUCGUCACCUGGCACCCGACCGCCCGCAACAUCCUGCUCAGUGCCGGCUGCGACAACGUGAUCAUGAUCUGGAACGUGGGCACGGGCGAGUCGCUCAUCACGCUGGAGGACAUGCACCCGGACAUGAUCUUCAGCGUCGCCUGGAACCGCAACGGCAGCCUCAUCUGCACCGCCUGCAAGGACAAGAGAGUGCGCGUCAUCGACCCGCGCAAGGGAGAGCUCAUUGGGGAGAAGGACAAGGCCCACGAAGGCGCCAGGCCAAUGAGAGCCAUCUUCCUCUCCGACGGGAACGUCUUCACCACGGGGUUCAGCCGCAUGAGCGAGAGGCAGCUGGCGCUCUGGAACCCCCAAAACAUGGAGGAGCCGAUCACGGUCCACGAGAUGGACAGCAGCAACGGAGUCCUGCUGCCCUUCUACGACGCCGACACCAACGUGGUCUACCUGUGCGGCAAGGGCGACAGCAGCAUCCGUUACUUCGAGAUCACGGAGGAGGCGCCGUACGUCCAUUACCUCAACACUUUCAGCUCCAAGGAGCCUCAGAGAGGCAUGGGCUACCUGCCCAAGAGAGGCCUGGACGUCAACAAGUGCGAGAUCGCCAGGUUUUAUAAGCUGCAUGAGAGGAAGUGUGAACCCAUCAUCAUGACCGUGCCAAGAAAGUCGGACCUGUUCCAGGACGACCUGUACCCAGACACCGCGGGGCCCGACUGCGCCAUCGAGGCCGAGGAUUGGUUCGAGGGCAAGAACGGCGAGCCCAUCCUGAUCUCGCUCAAGGACGGCUACAUCCCGGCCAAGAACCGCGACCUCAAGGUGGUCAAGAAGAACAUCCUGGAUAACAAGCCCAAGCUGAGCAAGAACGCCGAGAACAACGCGGCCAACACCGCCGCCAAGACCGCCGCCCAGACCGCCGCCCCGCCCCCAGCCGUCAAAAACGACGGCAAGCUGGACGAGGUCCUGAAAGAGAUCAGAUCCCUGAGAGAGCUGGUGAGCACCCAGGAGAAACGAAUCGCCAAACUGGAGGAGCAGCUGGCCCAGAUGUAAAGGACGCAGACCCGUCCACCCCACCCACCCACCCACCCGCCCAUCCCCCCCCCCCCCCCUUCCUCCCCAGCUACCUACCGUUCAGGAAAUCCUACGGGUCAGGUGGGCGGGACUCGAAACUGCCAGUCGGCGGGGCGUCGUCCGUCCGAAACCUGCCCGACAUUCCAAGAUGAACUUUGUUUUCUGUCUGUUCGACCCCAGAACCGGUUCUCUGAGCGGGAGUCCGAGCAGAGGUCUCUCAGCCAAACGACGUUUUAUUACCUGUCCUUAUUCCAGAUGUGCUCGGUGGCACGGGUUUUAUUUGGUGUUUACCUAAAAGUCUUAAAUCAUUCCUUGUGUUCUUUUUUUUUUUCUUCCCACUCGCGAUCGGGGACCAACGCACCAAUAUGAAGAAUUGACCGAACUGAAACGUUCCUGCUGAAAUGUCGAUCAGUAUUCCGACCCCAUUUCGUUCCGUCUUCGUUGCCGAAUUCGAACAGGGGGGUGCGGGUCCGUGCCUCCCCGGCAGUAUUCCACUGUAGCUUUCCUAUUCCAGGGUGCCGACUCGACCGCCGGGGGAAAUAUCACGCGUUACGUUAGCAUUUUAAAGUUACGAUUCCUUUACGGAGCAGCCAGGCUGUGCAGAUCGAGCGAGGAGAGCAGCGCCACCUACUGAACGGGUCAGUUAGGGAUUGAAGCGGUAUCGUAUCACGGCGGUUCGUUUUUUUUUAGCCUGGGUUAUUAAGUCGCCGGUCAUUUCCCACACGCGCCUCUCUCCCGGGAUACAGUCCUCUCUCAUUAUGCUACACGCAUGCAAUAAAGAUUUUUUUCUAAUUUCUAAA